CGUCUCGAAAUUUUGGUCAGUAGCUCAUCGGCAACCAAGCUUUUCAAAAUGCCCAAGAAGACCAAUGCCGCCGCUACCUCUAAGCCCGCCAAACCUGCCCAAGCGACGGUAACCGACAUUGACGACAUCUUUGCCAAGCCCAAAGUCAGCAAGAGCAAACCAGAGUCCGUUGUCGAAUCUGAGAAGAAGAAGAGCAAGGGCAAGUCAAAGGCUGUCUUUAUCGAGGAAUCUGCAGCUCCUUCUGUCAGCAUAGAAAGCGGAGACAAGGAAAAGAAGAAGAAGAAGGUCAAGACUGUAGCGUCUUUCAUCCCAGACGAGGACGAACGGGAGUCUUCAAGUAAGGUGGAGACGGUGAUAGACCCCUCGACUAUCCCUGUCGUUCUUCCCGAGCCGCCAGCGACAACAAAGACAAAAAAGGACAAGGGAACCAAAAGAGAUAGGAAAGAGGAUGAAGAUGAUGAGAUUUUUAGAGAUUCUAGGGGUACUGGGCCAAGGCGAAAGACUGAAGAAGGCUUCUUAAUCUAUAAGGAAGCUGAACUGAAGAUUGACCCGGAGGCUGGCGGUACACCCUUGUGCCCCUUCGACUGUGAAUGCUGUUUCUGAUCCAUAAACCGUCAUUUUAGGCCAUAUAUAUUCCAACGUCUCUGCUUGUACAUCAUAACAUAUAUUCGCAUUGUUCUCUACAAUAAUCAGCAUG